AUGCGCGUCCUCGCCUUAUCCAUGGCUGCGCGCACCGCCAUCGUCGCCGCGGCUGCCGGCUCCUUGACCGCCAAGUCCGCUGAUCCUCCCGCCGCCUCAAACUCAUCCGCUUCGUCCGUGCAACACUCAACUUCGCGACCGCCAUCCCAGUCGCUCCAGCAGCAGCAACCACAGCAGGAGUUUGGAGGCAGGUGGAGAGAAGAUAGGAGGGGGAAUGGGCGGAGAACGGCGGGAAGCGGUGAUGGUGGAAGGGGUAAUGCACUUGGUUUUAACGGGCUUGAGACGGCUGCAGCCGGAGCAGGGCGGGAGCAACAGCAGGGCGUGAGGGUGUCGUUUGAAGCGCCUCAAGCAGCAGGCAUGGGGGCGAGAGCUUCGGUCGAGGCGCCCCAAACCACAGCGGUGGGGGCGAGAGGGCCGCUGCAGCAGAAGCUGGGGUGGGAGGCGGACGGCAGGGGGCGCGGGGGGAGAGGCGGGGGGCGGGGGAUGGGUAUGGGCGGGCGGACGGGAAGGGAGUUGCCGCUGGGGGUGGCGAGCGCUGUGAGGGGAGGGGGAGGGGAGCGGUCAGGGGGAUGGGGAGGUGGGGGAGGCGGGGGAGGGGAGGGGGAGGGUGGGCGCGAGGAGGAGUGGGGGAAAGGAGAGGGGGGGAGGGGAGGGGAGAGGGAAGGAGUAAGAGGGGGAGAGAGGGGAGGUGAGAGAGGGGGAGAGAAGGGAGGAGAGAGGGGGGAACAAUGGGCUGUACAGCGAGGAGGGGGUGGGGGAAAGGGGAGUGGCGGAGAUGGUGGAGGUGGCGGAAUGGGGGAGCGGAGUGAAAGGGAGAGGGAGGAGUGGGACUAUAUGGAUGGGAAUCUGACUGAUGGGCAGGGCGAGUGGGAUGCGGAUAGUGACGAGGGCUGGGAUAGGGAAGGAGGAGGGGAGCUGCGCGGGGAAAUAAGAGAGAGGUUCGGGCAGGGGGGAGGAGGGGAAAGGGGCGGGGGAGUGACAGGGCAGGGGGGAAGGGGAGAGAAUCCAUUUUGGAGAGGGGAUGGGCAGGCGAGUGGUAAGUAUGCCGAGGGGAGGGAUGGGAGGGUGGGAGGAUUGGGAAGGGACGGUGGUGUCUGGGGAAGAGGAGCAGGCGAGCAGUCUGGUGUGAGGAGCGGGGAGAGGGAAGAGAGAGGGAGAGAGGGGCAGUGGAGGGGCGGUGGAGAGGGAUGGAGAGAGGCAGGGGAGGGAGGGAGAGCGGGAAACGAGCAGUGGACGAGGAGGGCAAGCAGAAAGGAUGGGGGAGGCGGUGCUGUGGCACGUGGGGGUGGGUAUGGUGGAGGUGACUAUCAGGGGAGUGAUGGUAAGAGAGGGGAGGACGAGAGAGGGGGGCGAGGGUGGGGGACCGCUGGUGAGGAGGGGAGAAGUGAGAUGCCAGUGGGAGUUGGAGGGGAGAGUGGUGCUGAGAGGGAGUGGGGAGGGCGAGUGGGACAGGUAGAUGAAGAGAGGGGAGAGGGUAGGGGAGUGGUGGGAGAGGAGGAAGCCUGGGAGGCAAACGCAUUGCGGCAACAGCAGCAGCAGCAGCAGCAGCAGCAGCAGCAGCAGCAGCAGCAGCAGAUGAGAGUGCAGCGGAGAGGAACACAGGAGAAACCGCUGGGGGUGAGGGGUGAUGCUGGUGGGGCCAGCAUGGUUGGCGGCGACAGUGCUGCUUCUUUCCCCACCAGGGCAGUCGAGGGUACGGAGCAGAACGCACGGCGCUUCAACCAGUACAUGUCCGAGGGGCAAACCCUCCUGCAGGAGGGCCGGGGCGGGCUGCAGGGGCGCAUAGAGAUCGGCAUGGCGGAGGCGUUCUUAGAGCGCGCCACUGGCCUGUUUGAGCGCGCGUGCCAGCUGGACCCCGUGAGCGUGGCGGCCGUGGGGCAGCUGGGGAACGCGCUGCUGGCUCACGGGGAGGUGAAGCUAAGGACGGUGCAGCUGCUGCGGAGCCAGUCGCCGCUUGCUGGUCUACUGGGGGGAGCGGGUGGGGCGAGGGGUGAGGGCGCGGGGGGGUUGCCGGGGGUGCAGCAGGAGCAGGUGGGUCGGGAGGCAGCGGCAGUGAUGGAUCGGCUGGCGGAUGAGUGCGAGCAGCUGCUGGUGCAGGCCGGCCGGCAGUACCGGCAAGCGCUCGGCAUGGAUAGGAGAGAUGCCCGCGCGCUCUUCAACUGGGGGCUCGCUUUGUGUUACCGCGGGCAGCUCGUGGCUGAGGAGGCUGGGGACAAUGAGGUGAGGGGGAGUAGAGUGGAUGAGAGAGUAGAGAGGUUCAGGUGGUACCGCCAGGCUCUCAGCAUGGAUAGGAGAGAUGCCCGCGCGCUCUUCAACUGGGGGCUGGCUUUGUGCUACCGUGGGCAACUCGUGGCUGAGGAGGCUGGGGAUAACGAGGCUCUCAGCAUGGACAGGAGAGAUGCCUGCGCGCUCUUCAACUGGGGGCUGGCUCUGUGCUAUCGUGGGCAACUCGUGGCUGAGGAGGCUGGGGACAAUGAGGAGUACAAGGCGCUAGCAGACCGCAUGUUCUGUGCCGCCAUUGACAAGUUCGAGGCCAUGCUCUCCAUGACCGACCGCUGGCACGCCAGUGGGACCACUCGUGCCUUUAGUUGUCUCCAUCGCCUUAUCCCAACUCUCUCCCACCGCCAUUCCCCCACCCCUCUGGCAUCCCCCCUCCAUCCAGCUCUCCUCAACUGGGCACGUGCCUUGAGAGACCGCUCGCGUGCAUCCCCUGUCCAUGAGUUAUCGCCUCUCAUCCUGUCCCAAGCUCUCUCCUCUCCCCCCCCCCCGUUCAUCGCUCCUCUUGCACCCCCCCUUCCUCCAGCUCUCCUCAACUGGGCGCUGGCUCUCAGGGACCGCUCGCGCCUGCGUCCUCUCUCCUCCGUUUCCCGCCUGCGCUUAACCCAGGAGGCCCUGCAGCUGCUAAGGCAGGCUGCUAAGAGAGACUCUCCGCUAAGCGACGGAUCCCCCCGGGACCCGACGUUCUCGGAGGUUCGGAAUGCGCUGGUGUUGUGCGAAGCUGAGGUGGCGAAGCUGAAGGAAAUGGGGGGAGGGGUGCGGAUGGUGGAAGGGGGAGUGGGGGUGUCGGCGCCAUUGAUAAAGAACAUCCUGCUACUGGAUUCAGAGGGGAAGCGAGUAGCGGUGAAGUACUAUUCGGACGACUGGCCCACCCUCGCAGCCAAGCUAAAUUUCGAGAAGUCGCUUCUGAGCAAAACACAACGCGCCAAUGCCAGAGCAGAAGCGGAGAUCGGCAUCUUCGAGGGGUUCAUCGUGGUGUACAGGUUUAUCGCGGAUCUGCACUUCUACGUGACGGGCGGCGAGGACGAGAACGAGCUCAUCCUCUCCACCGUCCUCACCGCCUUCUUUGAAGCCGUCUCGCAUCUGCUCAGGGGCAACGUGGAGAAGAAGACGGUGCUGGAGAACCUCGACCUCGUGCUGCUAUGCCUGGACGAGCUCGUCGACGGCGGGGUGAUUCUGGAGACGGAGCCCACAGUGAUCGCCAACAGAGUCGCCAUGAGAGGAGCCGACGCCGACCUGCCUCUUUCCGAACAGACCAUUUCCCAAGCCUUGGCAACAGCAAAAGAUCAUCUUGCCCGCUCAUUGCUCAAAUGA